AUGACCCGCGUGCGCAUCUUCCAAGCAUCAGGGUCUGCCACGGACGCUGGACCGUCCAACCACAACGCCGACACGCCUCUGCCAUCUGUAGAGGGAGCAUCUCCUGGUACUUCCUCAGACACUGGUAGAUCUGUUGCGUUUCGGCGUGAAGACACGCCUUCCGUGUCUGUUUCUCCUCCGCCGUCAUCAUCUUCAAGAACCGAGCCGGCCGAUACACCGUCGUCCAGCAGCCGCCGCUCCGGAAGCAGCAGCAUCGACGUAAAUCUCCAAGAGCUCCGGCUUGGCACUCCAGAAGGACCAUUGACAAACUUGGCCGACCUUAGCGCCGCAACGAUAGGCGUUGCUCAGGGUUCCGACCAUGUCCGGGCAGCAUCAUUGACCCCGGACCCCAGCCCGGGCGGGCGCCGCCGACGCCGAUCGAGCCCUGCCGUAGAUCAGUCACCGCACAAGGUGGCAGAUGAACAAUUGCCAGAAGAUGCAUUCUUCAGCCCUACUUUCCAAAGAGCAAUUGCGGACGCAAAAGGAUUGAUGGGACGGGUGGCUGAGGCUUUGGGGAGUAGUGUCAUUCACGAGGAGCCGGACUCGGUGAUGAAGCGGCUGCAUGGGGAGUCCCGCGAUCUUUCGCGGUACCAAGGCCCGCAGUCGAGGACAGUGGCUUUUGUUGGAGACUCUGGAGUUGGAAAGAGCAGUCUCCUCAACUCGCUUCUCGACUUCCCCGGCCUCGCUCGAACGAGCAACAGUGGCCAGGCCUGCACCUGUGUAGUGACAGAGUAUCACUACCAUGAAGCUAUCCACUUUGACGUGGAAGUCGAGUUAUUUUCUGAGGAGGACAUUGCGGACCAAUUAGCCGAGAUGCUCCAGUUCUACCGACACUACCACCUUCACGGAGAUGAGAUCCGCGAGGACGGCGAGCGGAGAGACGUUGAGGAGCUUGCCAACCUCGCGCGUGACACCUUCCGGGCCAUGUUCCAAGGUCGACUCGAGGACGAAGCUUUCCUGACUGAGUGGCCAGAGGAUAAAGCGCUCGACACCUUGAAAACUUGGGCACUAGAGUCUCGGCCCAGGGCUGUCCAUGCCAACAUAUCUGAGAUGACCUUGCAAGAAUGUUCCCAGCAUCUCAUGAAGAUUUCAUCGGACCCGAUCGGAUCACAAGCUCAGGCUUUCUGGCCAUAUAUCAACAAAGUGAAGGUGUUUUCAAAGGCCUUCAUUCUCAGCAAGGGUCUCAUUCUUGUGGACUUGCCAGGUCUGCGUGAUCUGAACUCUGCACGUCGGAAUAUUACCGAGCGUUUCUUACUCGAGUGUGACGAGAUAUUUGUCAUCUGCAACAUUGGCCGCGCCAUAACUGAUGUGGGAGUGGCAAGUGUCUUUGAGCUUGCCGAAAAAGCUCAACUCUCCAAUGUCGGCAUUAUCUGCACCAGAUCAGACGACAUCGAUGCCGAAGAGUCUCGGCGCGAUUGGAAAGGAGAAACAGCCAGGCGGGUCAGAGACUACAUGGAAGCUGUGCAGACUGCACAGCGCGAGUGCGAACAAAUUGAGGCAGAGCUCGCCGACUUUGCAGACGACGACGACUUGCUGGAGGAAGAGAGAGAUCAGGAAAGAGAGCUACAUCGGCGACUACGCAACACAGUAAGAAGGAAAAAGAUGAGGCAAUUCGAACUGAACCGCUACCUGAUCACGACUCGCAAUGAGGUCGUCACCACCCGCCUACGCGCCAUGUAUGCCAGCCGCGUCUCUACAGGUGAUAUCAAAGUCUUCUGCACCAGCAACACUCUGUAUUGGGAGUACCGCUCCCGUCCGCGUGAGGAAGGACUCCAGGGUCUGAACCUCAGCGGAAUCCUGGCUGUGCGGCGAAGCUGCAUCGCCAUUGUGGCGGACAGUCAACGGCGCGCAGCUACUCGAUACAUUCGUGAUCAGAUCCCAGCCCUGCUCGCACAACUGCAGCUCUGGGUACAGUCUGGAGCUGGUACCGCCGGCGCAGAGCACAAAGAGGCAGUGAGGAAGGUCUUGGGAGAUUUGGAGGCGGCCAUCAAUGAACUACUGUCCCCAAGGAUAUCUCCUGUGGGAAGUUUCGGAAAGAUGGCACGUCGAGACUUUGAAAAUACAGUUUAUUGCAAGCGACGUGAGAUUACAAACUGGACCCGAGCUGCGCAGCAGGCUGGGAGAGUAUGGGGAGGAUGGCACUGGGCAUCUUAUGCCGCUUUCUGUCGAAACUUUGGCGAUCACUGCACAGCCGUUAUAGGACCCCGAAAUUGGAAUGAAGAGGUCAUCGAAGCCAUGUCUCGAGAUCUCAGUGAGCCUUUCAAGGCUCAUACCGCGCUCUUGGAAGAAGAGUGGCAAAAGAUACAAGAGAUCGUGGAAGCCGUUGCCGAGGAUGCACUCGACAUGUUGGGUAUGAAUAGCUCCCAGAAAUAUGAAGUGAUUUUCACUCUCUUUGUUGAAACUAACGUCACCGAAGAGGAUGAGUCGCAGGAAGUCUCUGUCGCGCUCACCCCUCUGACGCAGGCCUUGACCAACGAGCAGCACCAACUCAUGUCGAACUUAGAGCAAGUCUACGCCAUCUUUAUGGCCCGAUUACAAACGCUUCGCACCAACGCGCUCUCAGGCAUCAGGACUUCGCUCAUUGGCCAAGCCCUGAGCCAGACGUAUCGAGCUUGUAAUAUGGAAUACGGCACCGGCUCUCAUGCGCGCCGCAAAAACAUCAUGGAUCGCGCCCUCGGCCGAGAAGCCCUGUUCGAUAAUUUGAUGUUCAUCUUCAAAAACACGUACCAGACUCAUGUGACUGAGCUUCAACGGGGAAUUGACACCGCCGUCGACGAGUACCUCAACGUUGUCCGCGGUACAUUGGAUAUCAUUCGAGACGAGAACGUUGCGGAGGAGAGCGAGAAGGACCCCGAAUUUCGCGGCCGUGUGGAGAGCGAGGUCGCCAGUGCGCAAGCUACAAUUGCGCAGAUUCAGAUCGCGAUCGGUGAUGCUUGA